ACGAUAGUGAGGAGUCGAGCCUAAAGACAGAGCUUGCAGCGUACUUGUCAUAUCUUACAUUUCUUCUGUUUCCGGCGCUGCAGAGAAGCUUUUCGGAGCGCUAUUCUUAUGAAUUCCUCACAGAGCAGGAGCCGUGUCUUUACGUUUAGUUGUAUUAUCUGUGUUGAGAGGACGAUGCCUUUGAGGACCGGACUUUUUCUCCUGAUGGUGCUAAACGCAUCUGCAUAUGAACUGGAUCAGAACGAGUCUUAUUCGCCCAGAAGAGCACGCUUUACUGCCAACAGCCCUUCAGAUGUGGCACGCUGUCUCAACAGUGCCCUCCAAGUUGGCUGUGGAGCCUUCGCCUGCCUGGAAAACUCGACUUGUGACACAGAUGGCAUGCAUGACAUCUGCAAGUCCUUCCUAUACAGUGCUGCUAAAUUUGACACUCAGGGUAAAGCAUUUGUGAAGGAGAGCCUUAAGUGCAUUGCCAAUGGCAUCACCUCGAAGGCAUUCCCCACCAUCCGCCGCUGCUCCACCUUCCAAAGAAUGAUAUCUGAAGUCCAAGAGGAGUGUUACAGCAAGCUGGAUAUCUGCACCGUGGCCCGAUCGAAUCCAGAUGCUAUUGGUGAAGUGGCACAGCUUCCAAGUCACUUCCCAAAUAGGUUUUACGGCAAGCUGCUACAGAGCCUGAUGGAUUGCGAUGAGGACACGGUGGAGCGCGUUCGGACCAGCAUGGUGUCGCGGCUGGGCCCAGAGAUGACCAUGCUUAUUCAGCUGCUGCAGAACAAGCCCUGCCCAUCCACUGCUGCGGCUGCAGCUGCCUCCAUCCCAACUGGAGUGGAGGGCCGUGGGAGCUGGCGCUGGUCCAUGGGUCCCCAUAUGUACAAGAUCCAGCCUAAUCUGCGAAACAGAGACUCCGCCAGUCAUUUUGGCAAAAAACGCUCAGCCAGUGACAGCUCCUAACUUCCACUCAGAGUCAGAAACUCCUCACACUCCUCGAAACAUUGUGAAAGCUCCUCUAUUCCCUAGGGGUGACAGAAUACAUUCCUCCGUGAGACUGGAAGUCACAGAAACACCUCUAGGGAAUGCCGGAACGCCCAUAGAGUCGACAUCAGAAUUUGAUUGUUGUUAUAUUGUAGAUCCCGCACUUAGGCCCUUCCAUCGACUGUUUUCAAAUGUGUCCGCUCACAGUUAGUGUCGAACAUGUGGCUGUUGCAUCGGUGCGACAUGGUCCUGUUCACUCCUCUUCACCUUCUCCAACAGAGCUGAAUCCUUAAGUCUUUUGAUGCCAAGAAAAAAAGAAAAAAACAGCCAUAGUGGUUCACGCCUCUAGAGCACAAGUAUGUACGUUAAAAGACAAAACUCAUAAUCUUGACAUUUGUUCAUGACUAGAAAUCAGUAGUUUGAUUAUUAUUAGUUUAUCAAUAGGAAUGAGAAUUUAUUGGUAGAUGUAUCUAAUAUUUCAGCGAUGAGACCUGUGAAGUUGUGAGCAUGAGAUGUGGAAAUAAUUUUCUAUUUUCUGACACCAACAUAACAGUUAAAUGUACUGUAAACCACGUUAUCCAAGACAGCCAUAGCUAGCCCUCUAGAAGAGAGAGCGCUCACAUGGAGGGAGGUCUGUAGAGGUUUCAUGAUAACCUUUGAGAGGUUACCUUAAACUGACCAAAAAACUACAAACUGCCCUGAAUGCUCUUCAUGAAAAAACCAAAACAGUGUAUAGCUAUAGCACUUAGAAUUGUUUUUGAUUUUCUGAUGGCGGAUGUAGCCGUGGUGGUGUGUUUCGUCCAGGUCAUGGCCAAGCCUAACUAUCAGAAAAAGUCCAUUUUACAUAUCUUGUAUCCAGACACUUGUAAUGCAUAUGACUGUUGAGCUCUGAAGUGCACGUGGGACCACGUUUAGUCGAGUCUGUGUCUGUGUUUUGAGGCAGUAGUGUAUGUGCCGUAGCUGAUUAGCACGUUCACCGAUGAGACUGAGAGCAGCCAUCCUCUUGGACUGAUUAUCAGCGCCCUCUGAGGUGAAGUCAUGACAUACACACUGACUUCCAGUGUCCAGAUUGAGAAUGACUAUUUAAAAAAAGCCUUGUUGGAAUGAUAUUUAUUUUCCUACUAUAUUAUUUAAUGUUUUUUUGUUUUAAUGCAUUUUAUUGUAGUUUUAAUUAGUUUACAGGUUAAAACACGUUCAGACAUGGCUCCUAUUUGAACAUAAGCUCUAUGCCAAAAAGAGUGAGCUUACACUCUGGUGACUGAAUGGGACCCAUGUCAUGACUCUGUGCUGGCCAUAGGGGAACAAGGUUGGUCAUUCAAGUCAGGUGAUCUACUUCCUGGGUGUUACAAGGGACCACGACAUAACAAUAGCUUCAUUUUGACACAGUUUCUGGUUGAAAAGGAGGUUUUUAUGCAGCUGCUUGACGAGCUUGUUCAGUACAACUGACUGCUGAGGAUUUUUGAUCAGAAUUAAACAAACACCAGCAUCAAGUACCCAGCAUAGGCAAUUAUUGUAAUUUUCUCUGUGUAUUUUUGCUUUUGUUUUACUUUUGUUUGGCCAGAUUAUAUAUGCGAUGUAAAAUUUACUACCUUUUUGAGUCAUUAAGGACAACAAUGUCCAUUUCCAAAAACGGCAACAAAAAUAGUAUACAUUAAUAUUUUUUUCUGCUUUUUCUGGUCGGAUCUUUUGAUCAACUUCAGUUCUGAUCAAAACAAUCAAAUAUUGAAUAAUUUUCAGGAUUUUAACCCUUUAAAUGCCAGUUUGACAACAGGAUAAUAUUUUUUCUAAAAAAAGAAAAAACACACACAAAACCGUAAUACCUGAGGGUUAAAAUUAUUCAGAAAGGUGUCACUUAAUUAAGGGGCCAAAAUGAAAAACAUACCCGGGAAUUAUCAAGCAACUUAUAUGGAAAAUUAUCAUACUAUCUCUAAGAAAUUACAUGGUAAAAUACCACCUAAUUACCAGAGAAUUGCAACAGUAUUACAAGGACUUAUUUGGCAAUUAAUACUAGGUAAAUAAUUCCUUAAUAUGACUGAGUUAUUACUAGUUAAUUACCACCUCAUUUGUGAGAAAUGACAGGAUAACUACUAUAAAAUUGCUAUAAAAUUACUAGGUAAUAAGGGCCCACAAAAAAAGUGCUGAUGUCUUAUUUGCUGAUGUGAUAAUUGAAUUAUUAAGGUAGUAUCUGCCAGAACCAAUAUCGUCCUGAUGAUAUCGUGCAUCCUGUUAAAUAACCUUAUAAAAACUUAGAUACUCGACUGGCACCUGGCUGCAGACACCAAACGCUCUUAAACGCAUGCACACUUGGACAUCCAUAAGCACGUGCGCCAUCUAUAAGGCCUGUCUGUAUUCCAAAACUAUUGGUUUAAAAUAUUUAAAUUUAUUAUGAAUGUGGAAGUAUGAAGUAAAAGCAAUGAUGAUGUAAUUUUAACUAGCAGCCAUAUAGCUGGGACAUAUACAAAUACAUAACUGGCUAACUUUAAAAGAUGUUUAACUUGAUAUUAGUCAUUUUAUAAGACAUGUUAUAACUGCUGUUUCUCAGUUGUAAGUAUCUAAAUUAAUCACAAAUUUUGCAGUCUGUUAUUUUAAAGUCUAAAAAUCUAUUAACUUUUAAAUGUUUUUAAAAAGAUGUUAAGGAGAACUGCUCUCACCACUGAGGCCUUUUGAUUGACUGAUCAUCAGCUGAGACGUCCAAGUGUGCAUGCAUUUAUGGAUGUCUGACCGUGUCUAGUUAACUGUCAUUGAACCUGAUUGGUGCCGGUAUGUCAGUUGUUUCAACCCAAGCCCUGCUUUUAUAUUGCUAAAUUAUAAGAAGGAAGCCACAAGGAGAAAACUGACUAAGAAAAAUGUGAGAAAUAUGUAAACAUAUUUACUCCAUGGAAGUAAGUCCAGUAUAUCUCAGGUCCACAUGUUUGCACUUAUUUAGCUACAGACAGGCCAGAGUGAAAAAGCUACCAAUGUGAGUGAAGUUAUUUACAGACAAGUGAUACCGACCAGACUCUUCAUGUACCGUCAGGGAUUUACUUUGACAGAGUAGGAAAGCUCACAUACAAUAACUCAGGAUUUCUCACACAUUUUAACAUGUGCAUUCCAAAGGGCAUCACAGCUCUGCAAAACAUCAGUUUAGACACCCUAGGCUGGCUACACACUAGACAGUUUUUACAUCAUAACAUGGAAGACCACAGUCACAAGGACAGAUUCAAACCAUUUUUAUGAUUAUAAUCCUCUGAACAUGCACACUAAAUGAUUUGGCCACUGUGAGACCACACGCCUGCUGUUUGUUAUAACGACUUGACAAUGGUGAUUCCACAGACAUGCAAUCUCACAGAAAAACAAAUAUGGAGGACAACUGGCAUCCUCUGCUGGCUGUCCUGGAGUGUAUUCUGUUCUGUGAAAAGAAAAAAAUUGGAGAAAAAAGGUGAUUAUAUGGUAUAGUUCUGCACUUGGUGACUGGCUGAACAUCAGAGAGUUUAAGCACCUUAAAAUAUCAUAUCAUACAAGAAACUGUAGCACAAAGUGCUUUACACACAGACAGAUAAAUUAAAAGAAGAUAAAAGAGGGUAUGACCCGAAUAGAAUGUUUGAUUAAAAAAAUACCUUAAUAUAUAUAUAUAUCUAUACAGUACUGUGAAGAACUUUUAGGCAUGUUUGGGCCAAAAAUUGAGGUUGUAGUAAGGUGUAGAUGUGGCGAGUAAGCCGCCUGAGGGCACCAUUGGCACCACCUCACUUUAGCUCUGGAUGUCCUUUCAUAUUACCGUGAAUAAUCUGGUGAAAGAAUAACAAAGUCCUCAAUAUCAGGGCGGAGUAAGGGGUGGAAGUGACGAGUAAGCAUGGCCAAGUAUGGCCGGAGGGGUAAUGGGGUUGCCAAAAACCCCUGGUCAUGCUGUGGAUGUACCACGGGCCCGAAAACAGCUGAUGGACAUCUGUAGGCGUGUUCCCAGGGCCGUUAAAAGGCCCGGACGAAAGAGAUGCCGUCAAGCUUGACCUUGACUGCCAAUCAACACACAUGUGCAUCGAUGUGUGUCGAGCUUGACUCUGGCCGCCCUCUCCAGCCCCAGGUUGUGGUCCUGUGAUGAAUCCUGAGAGCCCUACAUGCCUAAAACUUAUGCAGAUGACUGUAUAUAUUGUAAAGUUGAUAUUAUGUCGAGGUAGAGUAUUUGUGCGGUUCUGGCUGUGGGCAUGCUGUUCAUUUUGUUAGUUGUUAGUUAGCUGUUAUGAAUUCAUAUUUCAGUAGUGUUUUUUGAUUCAGAAUCAGCUUAAUUGGCCAGCUAAGCUUAAACACACAAAUUUGACUUUGAUAACCUGUGCUUGCUAUGAACCUGGAUGUACAAGCUAAGAUAGGACACACCCAAAACACACAAUCAGAAAAAGUGCAGAAAACACCAAUCAAAAUGUGCCACAUCAUCAUACUGAGGUACAGCCAAUCAUCUUGUGUAGGAUAACAAGCAGAAAAAGGACCCUGGGCAGAUAUUAUACUUACACCGGUCCGCUUGCUCUCAUUUGUUAUAGUGAGUAUUCUGAUAGAGGCAUGCUGUCCUGGAAUCACACAUAUCAAUCAUGCUUGAGCUUUUUGAUUCCAGAUCAGGGAGACUCUGACUUGAUAGGGAGCAGAAAAAUAAUCAUAAUUACACCACAUACCUGAGGAGAGGGAUAGGGUCUUCUACUGUGUAGCCAGUCAUACUCCCAAGGCUUUAGGUUUCAUCAGCGCUGAACCAGUGUUUAAUUGGCAGUUGAUUGUUUUAUUUUGUAAUGCUCCUUCCACCUGUUGAAACAUUUCUCUGGCUAAUAUUACAGGUAACUGUAAAGCUUGUCAGUGAAGCAUUCCUGAUGCAUGCCUGCACAAAGCCAGAAGUGAAUUUAAACUCAGCAAGUUUAAGUUCAAGUAGACUUUUUCAUCUAGUGGAAGUACAACACAUGAAAUCUGAACAUACAAGACUGUAUGCCACAUGGUCGUUGAUGAUCAAGACAAUCAGCAGUCACUGAGAAGGGUCUUCAUGCUGGUGUUUGACUUAAAUAAACAGAUCUGUUUGAUAAAAGUGGUCUUUAGUGAGAUAAUCAGUGGGCUUUCUGCUCACUUUGGAAAUGAAAUCCAGAUUAAGUGGAGGCUGGGUUCAGAUCACUCUUUAACAGUUUGGCUCAAUCCUUGCCAUUCAUUUAUCUCACAGAGGGUUUUAUUACACAAGUACUAAAAGUUCUGCUUGUCUUCUGUUGACCCCUCUUGAAAGGACCUGAACCCAGUCAUGUCUGAAGAAAGCUAAAUUGUCCCGGACUGAUAAGAGCGAAGCAAGAGACCAGAAAAAGAGAUGUCAAUGUCAAUUUACAAGCUAUGUUAAGAAUAUCCAAACUAUGCAAUAAUCUCACACACAAAGGAUUCACAGCAACACAGAAACUGACCUUUAUGUUCAUCCAGUGCCAGCUAAUGCUGUGUGAAUAAAGCAGCAGCAUGUUUGCUCUCAUACUGCACUCACAGUGUGAAGGCGACGCUCAUCUUUUGUUUUCUGCUCUUUUUUUGUAAACUUCUUUUUUUUUCUGUGAAGAUGGUCAUUUCUUUUGUCAUUUGGUGCGAAAGGGCAGCAGUUCUGAAGGAAUUACACAAGAUGUUAAGAGCUAUAGUCACACUGUAAAAUAUCCUUGCUUACUAUUUUAUGUUCAAUAUGCACUUUGCAUCUUAACCACUAUAAAGGGCAUUGAAACAUUCAGCACAUGUGCAAUCCAGACAUGUUUUAUUUAGCCGGUGAAUGGAAACCAGUCUGAAAUAUGUUGCAUCCUGAAGGGUCGGGGGCUUCUUCAUGUACUAACGAUACAUAUGUCAGUAUCUUUGUUGUCCAUGGGUAAAUCCAAAACCCAACAGCUGCUGCUAAACUGUUCCUUCCCUGUGUGAUGCUGGUCCAGAUCCGCUCCGAUCAGUCAGCACACAGCGAGCUCAGCAUCAGUCCACAUUUACAUUUUAAUGGCUCUCCAUGUCUUUGUAUUUAUUUUCUAUGAAAACUCCUCGUGUCAAAUAUAUUUGGCAAGGGCAAAUUGACUGUUUCCUCACUGAGUCAAAUGUAAUGGUAAUUUUAGAGAAUGUACCUGUAUACUGAAUGUCUGUUUCGACGAAGACAUGCCCGAGUUCGGGGACCCAUGAAGGCUGUUAGGAGAAAAAAUAAGUGAAUGACUUUAGUUUAAGGUGGUACUGGAGCAUUAUUAAAUUGACCCUUGGUGACUUUUGUGAAACAAUUUCUCCUGUCAACACCCACACUUCUGGCACUUCAUGGUACUCUUUCCUCUCAAGACUUGAAAUAUAUAUAUAUUAUAUUAUAUAUAUUGAUAAAUGUUGUGCUUAAACAAAAUCAAAAAGCUUCAGUGACUAGUAAAGUUUAUUUUGUAUUCAUAUACAGUAUAUAUAUAUAUAUAAAUAUAAGUGACAGUUAUUUUACUAUCAGAUUCAAAAAGGAUUUAAGAAGAUUACUGAAGUUUCUGAUGCUAUGUAACGCAUGAUUGACCCUUGUGAAUCACUUGCACUUUAAAAUACACCCAUUGACAUAUAUACCCAUACUGUGUAUAUGUUUGGGUUUUUUCCUCUGUACUGAAAAGUCAUGAAAGAUACAAUGCAUCAA